GUGUUGUGCUGCUGUUGGCUGGUAAACAUGGCUACCGCUGCUGCAGCUGGAGACGACCUGAGGAAAGAGCUCACGUGUGCAAUUUGUUUGGACUUCUUCAAAGAUCCUGUCAUACUGAAAUGCGGCCAUAAUUUCUGUCGCUUUUGCAUCUGCAUGCACUGGGAUGAAAAUGGCGGAGACUACGGGUAUCAGUGUCCUCAAUGCCGGACGGUGUUCAACAAGAGGAGUUUCACAAAAAACUACCUGGUGCAGAACCUGGUGGACAAACUAGAAGACCUGGACUGUCUGGGGACAUGUCCUCCCCCCUCCAAGCCUGUUAAAGUAGAUGAAAAGUGUGACCAACACGGAGAGGAGCUGAAACUGUACUGCCAGACGGAUAAAAGGCCCAUCUGUGUGGUCUGCAGGGAAUCUAGAGCACACAGACACCAUGAGGUAGCACCUGUGCCAGAAGUUGUGAAUGACAUGAAGAUGGAAUUGAAACUGAGGCUGAUGGAGCUAAACUGGCAGAAGUCUCAAUGUGUAAAAGUUGUAACAGCUGAUGAGCGUACCAGAAGUGAAGUCAAGUUGAAGAAGAAGAGACUCAAGGAGAAGAUUGAGGCCGAUGUUGGUGCUUUGGUCCAAUUCUUGCUCGACGAGAGAGACUCCCUGCUUGAGAGCCUGGAUGCUGAGGAAGUGGCCACCAUGGCCGUCAUAGACGAGAACUUGAAGAUAGUGGAGACGGAGGAGUCAGCCGUGGAUAAAGCUAUAGCUGAUAUCCACAGAAACAUCAGUGGGAAAACUAGCUUUGAGAGCCUUGCCGAGACAUUCAAUGAAGUCAUCCACUGCAAGCCUUUUCCAUCUCUUGACACAGUUAAUUGUCCGACUGAAUUUACAGACUUCUCAGGCCCCUUCCAGCUUAUUAUGUGGAAGAAGAUGAUGCAUGUGUUGCAUACCAUGCCUCAGAACCUCACCUUGGAUCCAGACACGGCCCACCCAAACCUGUUUACCUCAGAUUUCGACACCAAAGUGGAGGAGGGCCAUGUCCGUAACCAGGAACCAGACCUGCCAGCCCGCUUCACCCGGUUCUGUGGAAUCCUUGCCACAGCCCAGUAUGCCAGCGGCCAGCACUACUGGGAGGUGGAUGUGAAGGACAAAGGUGUUUGGUACCUGGGAGUCACCACUGAAAGCAGCAACAGAAAGGGCUUCGUCAGCCUCACUCCCUCCUCGGGAUACUGGAGCCUGUCUCUGCAGGACCGGCUGUAUGCCAACGGAGAGGAUGGGCGCAUCCCUUUAGCCGACUACUGGAACUCUCCUCGGGUCGGCGUGUACCUGGACUACGACAACGGGCGCCUUAGUUUCUAUGACGCCGUCACAAUGAAGAGAUUGUACAUGUUUGACACCUGCUUUGAGGAGCCCGUCUAUCCGUUCUUUAGCCCAGGGAAGAAUGACCCAGGCAGCAGGCUGCAGAUAUGCCACUAUUACUGAGAGAGCUGCGACGAGUCCUCGUUAUCUAAGUGCAAACUCAUGUAUGCCAGUGUUUUCAGAUCUCCUGUUGGCAAGGUUUUAUCUCACAGAUGCGGCUGGAGUGACAGAGUGCUGUUGACCCUUGCAGCCAUGUGCUGUAUGCAUUUGAGCCGUUACUUGUUUGUCUCACUGGUGAUAGAAAACAUGAGUUAAAAGUGUUACCAGGUGUCUCAUCACACUUUGGUUGUGAUGAAAAGCUUCAAUUUUCUCAUUUUGAGGUUGAAAAUGUGAAAUUUGGUAUCUUUGAACCUAGACACACACUGUAGGCCUAAACCCCUGACUACUGUGGCUGGGAGUGUGGAGCGGUGCUUUGUUGUCUGUAUCACUGUGUCUGCUGGGAUGCAGAUGCCCCAGAUGCUCUUGUUGAUGAGAGCAGCACUUAUCCUCUUAGCGAUCACUAUGCCAUUUACUACUGUACAUUCUCUCAUAUUGGCUAAGUUUUUGCAAGGCAGGGUAAGUGCGAUUGCCUUGUUGGGUAAAACUUAAAGGAAAUAUGACAUCGUUAUCACAUUGAUAGUUGUCGUCAGUUUAGAUUCCCUGAGUAAUUUUAGACUGAAGACCAGUCUGUUCAGUGAGUUAUUUGACAUCGGCCAGUUUGUACUGGGAGUUCAGCUCCCAGACAAUGAUUAGACUUCCAGGAAGGAUCCGCUCGUGCUAUUUGUUUCGUGGAUGUUAACGUCUGUACAGAAAGUUUUAUCGUUAGCCUUUUUAGAGUCUACUUUUAUGUAUCCUUUUUUAAUUUCUGUAUUUGUUAACAUUGCUGGACAUUCUUCUUUAUAUUGCUUCAAGACCCAUUUUUGCUGCUUAAUUUUUGUUAGCAGUAAUACUGAAGCCAUGAAGUCCUGCCAUUUUGCUUUUUAAGAGAUAUUCAAAAAAACGUUUUAUCAGUCUGCUUGAAAAUGAGCAGGACAAAGAAGAAAAAAUAUCUUCAAAUAGUUCAAUAGAAAAUUAUUAAGAUUUACAGCCAUGUCCUCAAAUACGUUGUCACACUUAACGGGUGAACAUGUAAAUGUGUUUUACUUUGAAAGGCAUUCCAUCAAAAAUAGCCGUGAGCCUAGUGGACUAAAAUGUAAACCUAUGGAAUGCUGAAUGAAAGUUGUAUAACAUGUUCACAGUUUUUGUUUGCUUCUUACAAAUGACCUGCAGCAGUUCCUUCAUUAUAUUCCUUUUUAAAUAAUCCUGCUUUAGACUAUUAAUUGCCAGAGUUGGUCCUGGAGCUGCAGAUUUAGUCUAUUAUCUAACUUGGUCCAGUGUGAUUUCUAUUUUGCAUUAUUGAUGUUGAAUGUGAAAAUACAUGUAUCUGGGCAAAUAUAUAUAUUUUUUAAAACAUUGUUUUAUUUGAGGUAAUUUUGGGGGGUUAUUUUUGCUUGUGCAGUUUUAACAGUGCAGUUAUGAUCCUUCAAGUAAGAAGUUUGCCAUCUCACAUGGUCAUACAGUGCCAUUUCUUUUAUUUAUUUCUUUUACAAAUUAUUUUAUUGAGGAGCAUAGUAGAAACCUUUUAACAGCAUGAUAAGUGAUCAUAUUUGGGAAUGGCUAUUCCUACAGCCAAUCUCAAUUUGCUCCUUUUUAUGUUCAUUUUGAGGUGUGGUAGGAACGCAAAUUUGCUGAUAAAUGUUUUGUUUAAGAUGGUAUACCCCCUUUUAUACCUAUAAAUACUUUUCAUUCAUGUAUUCAGCAUAGCAGUGUUUGGGCUGUGUCUUAAGUGUGACAUAAAAAAAAAAUUAACUUGGUAGUCCCUGCUUGUGGCCCUUUCACCUUUUUUUUUUUUUUUU